GUCUCAACCUCUCUGAGUCAACAUGACCGGCUUGGGAAUUUUAACGCUUCCAAGGCCGGAACCUUAUCUUAUUAAAACCCUAACAACACCUAGACCCUGAAAACGUUUAAAACCUGUCUCCAAGCGCUUGACAGGCUGAAAUGAGAAGAAACCGGGCGGACGCCUAAAGCCAAGGAGGAGCCCUGCCUUCCCGGCAGCGCUCCCGGCAUGCAGCACGGCCGUCCCAGCGUGCCUUGCGGCACACACCCCCGCGGAGAGCCGGGCGGCGGUGGCAGCACGGGAGGCGUUUCCGUUCCAGCGGCUGCUAACGACGACGCUGAGGCGACAUGGAAGUGAAGGAUGCGAACGCAGCCCUGCUCAGUAACUAUGAGGUGUACCAGUUACUAACAGACCUCAAAGAGCAGCGGAAGGAGAGUGGGAAGAACAAGCAUAGCGCUGGGCAGCAGAACUUGAACGCCAUCACCUACGAGACAUUAAAAUACAUAUCAAAAACGCCAUGCAGGAACCAGAGUCCCGAGAUUGUUCAAGAAUUCCUCACAGCAAUGAAAAGCCACAAGCUGACCAAAGCUGAGAAGCUUCAGCUGCUGAACCACAGGCCAAUGACUGCUGUCGAGAUCCAGCUGAUGGUAGAAGAGAGUGAAGAGCGCCUCACGGAGGAGCAGAUUGAAGCCCUUCUGCAUACUGUCACCAGCAUUCUGCCUGCAGGCCCAGAGGACGAACAGAGUAAAAACACUAGCAAUGAUGUGGCCAUGGAAGAGGAAGACCCAGCAUAGAUGUGCACAGCUGGCCAGGUUGUUCGUGAAGUUCGAAACCCCAGCAGCCAUUUCCUGGAUGUUCAGAGGAUUGUGUAUUUGGUUUUAGCCCCUCUCUCAAUAUGCCUGAUCUCAGGGUGGGCUGGGAAACCACAGAACUAGGAUAAAAAGAAUCUUUGUGCCUUGGGAUCAAGAAACAUGGAGUCAGAGAAGGGCAGAGGACUCGAGAUGAGGGAACGUGGCUCUGCAGCCCUCUGGGGCAGAAAGACUUCUGUGGUCUCUGCCACACUUGUACACAGUGGUAAGCCAGUCACGUGCUUUGGUGGCUGUGUUGUAGGCAAUGGCAGGAGCUCGUGGGUGAGAGCAGAGCUGUGGGAAUGGGCUCAGGUGGUUGAGAGCGCCCAGAGCUGCACACAGCUGCUCCAGGGGAAUGACCCAGAGCUUAGCUCACUCUAGAGGAAUGUCCUCAGCAGAAACAGGAGGUGAGAAAAGGAGAUUAAGAGCCCAUGCUGGUCUACAUAGUAAGGAACACACAUGUGAACACAGCUAACAUGCAUGCAUGCCACAUACAUACAAAAAAUUAGUCCGUUUUCUGUUGCUAAAAACAACUCUAUAGCCUUGGUAAGUGACAAGAAAAAGAGACUUAUUUUGGCUCAUGGUUCUGGACCAAGGUCAUAGGGCGUCCUGGGUAUGGACCUCUUAUUACUAGACUGCUGGGGUAGCAUAGGAUACCACCUGAUGGAAAAUGAGAAGCACUUGUUUAUUUUCAGCCUCUUGUAGCCCAAAUUGUCCUUGAACUCAGUAUGUAGCCCACUCUGUCAUCAGACUUUUGAUGAUUCUUCUGCCUCAGCCUCGUGAGUGCUGGGAUUAAAAAUGUGUGCCACUCACUUGAGAGACCAGGUAAAGGCCAGCCUGGUUCACAUAGCAAGUUCCAGGCAGCCAGAGCUACACAGUGAGACCCUGUCUCAUAAAAACAAAAAUGAAUCAGUGUGUGCCACCAUACUUGGGGUGUGUGUGUGUGUGUGUUGGGGGGAGAGGAGGUUAGUUUCUUUUCAUAUUUAAUAGGAGUUUAAUGGAGUUACUAUAUAAUGGGGAGAUAGUUUCUCUCCAGACACCAUAAUCUAUCAAAUAAAAUGUGCAUUGCUAGGUAUAGGUAAUCUUUUUUGAGUCCCAUAGAUCUCCACCCCACCCCACCCCAAAACAAUUAGAGGACAUUGUCAUGGCUCUUUAAAAGUCCAUGGUAUGACCCUUUUGCUAAGGACAUUCUACAGUUGGGUCAUAGGACAUAAAGGAAUCAGUGUGGCACUAAGCCACAUGUUCUUCCUCCAGAAGUACUCAGUAGUGGUUCUUCAUCAGAAGUAUCAGAUUCAGACUUUUCAGGACCUUCUUUCGUCCUCUCUUUCAGUCUUUCUCUUAGGUACUGGUUAAGAAACAAAUACUGUGUGGCCUCUAGCUGGGCCCAGCUUUCCUCAUGUGAGUCCCCAGGAAGCUGGAAAUGGACAGGUGUAUAGUCACUGUCACGGUUACUUUUUUCUUGGUCGUCUUUUCUGCAUCCAGGACAGCAUGCAGUGUGGUUUUCCUUCAGAGCUAUUAAGUAGUGGCUCUUCCACAAGAGCGCCGUUAACUGCAGUUCUUCCAGAAAGCCCGCAAACUAGCUUUCUGUUUCUUUUUUGAUGGGGCUGUCACCUUGUGUGUACUUUUGCUCCGUCAACAUAUCGUCACUCCUGUCCUCAGGAGGAAGUCCAGGAGGCAAAGAUUCUCUGUCAAGUAUCUUCAUGGCUGGGUCUGCAGAGACGUACAUUCUGGUAUUUGUCCUGGUGUUUGUCCUUCAGAGGGAUGAGCGGUGACUCUCCCUGAGGACCAACGAACUUCAUGUCUUCUUAAAAGUUUCCAGCCCUCUUCUCUACCCUUCUUGUGGCCAGCUUGAUCCCCUUGAAACCGUGAUGAAGUUUGACCAAGAAACAGACAUUUUCUUGUGCACAGAGAUAUAGUCUCUGUCAUUAAAUUUCAUUUCUGGGUCCUCAAUGUUUUCUUAGUAACAGAGUUAAUGUCGCUGUCCUCUGUCGCUUGUCAGAGAGCCUGAUAAUGACUUCUGUUUGCUAUUGUUUGUUUGUUUUGAUUUUUUUUGAGACUCUUUUUUUCUUAUAGUUUCAGUGUAGCCCUGGCUGUCUGAAACUCACUCUGUAGACCAGGUUGGCCUUACAGUCAGAGAUCCACCGGCCUCUGGCUCUGCUGGAAUUAAGGUGUGUGCCUCCACCUUCUGGAUUUAUUUUGUUUUUUUGGGACAGGGUGUCACUGUGUUGCUCUGGUCUGCCUCAAAUUCACAGAGAUCUACCUCUGAAAGAGGGAAUAGCGCACCUCUGGGUUUAUUUGUGAGGGUGUUUCCAGAGAUAGAUCAUGAAGACUGAACUAGGCUCAAUCCCUUCAUGGAUUAGAAUGUGAAUGGAUUGUUGGGGCACGGUAGAAAGUCCUAUCUGGGUGGAGGAAGUAGGUCUCGAGGAACAUAUCUUAGAGGUGGCUGUGUUGGCCUGUCCUCUUCCUAUCAUUUCUCCUCUUUGCUUCCGGUUGCCGUCUGCGCUCCCACCGCCAUGAUGUUCUGCCUCACACUAGGUCCAGAAACACAACCAACCCAGCAGCCACUCACUGACCCCUUAAACUGCUUUUGUCUAGCUUUGCUUACAAAAGUCUCUAGUAUGGAGGGCAGCAAUCGGUGGCUCACAUGCAUUGUUCCUGAGUCACAGAUGAAGACCCUGACGCUAACAGGGAGAAAGAAGCGAUGGCCUGAGGAAUCAGAGCCAGAAAGCAGCAGAAAUGGGGGUGCACACCCCAGGACUAUCUGAUCCAGAUAUAGACCCCAGAUAUAGAUAUAGAUUGGAUUGUCAGGCCUACUAAUCAAACCUGGUUCUCUUCUUUCAAUUGUUAUUUAUUAGCUGGGAGUUGAACCUAAGGUCUCAUCCAUGCUAGACAAGUGUUCUGCCACUGAGCCAUGCCCCUGCAAACACUGGGGGUGCCUAAGAAAAGCUGUCUUGCUGAGCCCCACUUGUGGCUCCUCACUGGAGAAUUCCAGGCAAGCACUCUCCCACUGAGUGGCACUCUUCAGGCCUUCCCUGAUGGAUUCUAGGCAAGUCGUACUGCUGAACUCUGUCCCCUGCCCUCUUUUUGAGACAGGCUUAGCACACAGGCUCAUGAUCCCCCUGCUCUAGCCCCCCAAGUAAGUCGCUGGUCUGAGGCUGCAUCACCGUACUUGGUUAAGCAGUCCCUUUACUGAUUUUUCUUCCUUGGGUUCUUGAAUACUUCAGAACAAUUGAAAGUGGUUUUUUAGUUAGGGUUUGUGUGUUUGUUGUUUUUGGAUAGGGGUUUUUUGUUGUAGCCCUGGCUGUCUUAGAACUCGCUCUGUAGACCAGGCUAGCCUCAAACUCACAGAGAUCCACCUGCCUCUGCCUCCCAAGCUGGGAUUAAAGGUGUGUGUCACCAAUGCCUAGCUGGUUAGGAUUUCCAUUGCUGUGACCAAACGCUAUGACCAAAAGCAACUUACACUUGGACCACCACGGAGGAAGUCAGGCAGGAACUGAUGUGAAGGCCGUGGAGGACCAUUCUUACUGAUUGAUCCCUCCUGGUUUGCUCAGCCUGCUUUCUAUCUGUUACCCAAGACCACCAGCCCAGAGAUGGUACCCCUCAGAGAUGGGCUGGGCCCUCCCACACCAGUGACUAAUUAAGACGUGCACCACAGACUUUGAUGCAGGCAAAUUUUAUGGAGCUAUUUUCUCAGUUGAGGUUUCCUCUUCUACUGUAAAGAGUUGACAUAAACUAGCCAGCAAAAGGGCAGAGCAGGCAGUCUUGGGGCUGGAGGCUGACAUGCUGGGUGGUUAUAUUCUUUAGUCUGUAGUUAGUUCCUGGAUGGAGCUACAGCUAUUCCUGCCUAGAGCCUCGUUAGGCACCUGCAUGACAUGUCUUUGGUGUCCUAUGUCAUAGUUGGGUUGGUAAUGGUGUUCAUAGAAUCAGAAGCUCCAAGUUGUCCUUUUUCAGGGCAGGCUGCAGGGGCCUGGAAACCUGGGAGAUUUGGGGUUAAAUAUUCCAAUUCUUUCCCAGUGAGGGCCUCAGAGGGGAGGCCCAGAGCAUGCAUAGGCAGGGUGGGGUCCUGGGGCAAGGAGCCAAUGUCCUGAGUCAUAGGGGAGCCAGGGAGUCAGGGCCAGGGCAAGGCGCACAAUGCCAGAACUGCUGAAGGAAGGAAAGCCAGGGACUGCCCUAGCAUGGAUGUCAGCAGCUGGAGGCAAAGUCACAGGACGUAGCUGCAGUCAGGCUCGGGGCCAGGAACAGACCUGACAAGGCAAGGUCUCAAGGACUGGGCUAGGCGAGGCUGGUGUCUGCAGAUCCCAGAGCUGCUGCCUGGUCUCAGGGUGGAUGGUGGCCUAAGCCCGCUGGACUGAUUGGUCCAGUGCUGGGAGUGCUCAAGACUAGGGAGGGAGGAUCAGAUAGGGGUGUGCCAGGCUGGGAGGGAGCACCACAUAGGGUGUCUCUUGAGCUCUCCAGCUAUGGUGAAGCAGCUCCAACAGACCCCUCAGGCCCAGCUUCUCUGGAGUCUUCUCAGUUGGGGGCACCGGAUGCUGCAGCUCAUGUGUGGCUUCUCCAUUGACCCCAGCUUCUCUUUAGAGGUCCACUACAUUUCUCAAGAGCCUUCUUCUAUGUCAUGACUUUUUCUUUUUUAAAAUAUGUGGAAACAAAUUUAUAAAAUGUGAUAAAAAUAAAAGCAGGCGAUAUCAAAAUAAAUGCACGUUUCCUUGAA